AUGUUUAAAAAAGAGAUAUCCCCUGGGGCGCGCUCCAAAGUUAAGUCCUCAGUACAGAGAUCACUACGAAGCAAAUUCCUCGAGACAUACCCUGGUUUCGAGCCUUAUAUCGAUGAAGUUAUGCCCAAAAAAGCGUCAUUAGAAGCAGUGAAACUUCCCGAUCGCGUAACUCUUUACCUUUGCGAUUCAAAUCCUAUCUUCUUUCAAUCUCUUGAUAGCCCAUUAAUUCCCCACCUUCGUGUCCUCCAUGCCUUCCCCAAAGCUCUACCUACCAUUGGUAUCGACAGAGGUGCAAUCCGUUUCGUACUCUCCGGUGCAGCAUUAAUGGCUCCUGGCUUGACAUCCGCAGGCGGACGACUACCUGACCCGGCAAAAAACCCAGGAGAUAAUGAGUUGGAGGCGGGUCAGGUCGUUGCAAUCACAGCGGAGGGGAAGGAAGAGAUUUGCAUGGUGGGCCAACUGACAGUUGGCACAGAGGAGAUGAAGAAAAAAGCUAAGGGAGUUGUCAUGGACGAGGGCCAUUUCCUAGGUGACGGGCUCUGGAAGUUACAAUUCGAUUGA